CACGGAAACAGUAAAUGUAUUUUUACGCCGGCAGCCCUGUAACCUGUAACUUCAACGUUAACAAAGCUACUAACCUGUUCUGAAGGAUGGCUCAGGAUGGCAGACUGCCCAUCCUGGUCUCCUUCGUGUUUUUCUACAUGCUAUCAUCUCUGUGUGGAUGUCACCCUCAGUCUGCUCGGGUCAGGGCUGCAUCCAAUGACACUGCAAGGAAAGACAUGGCUGCAGAGGUCGCAGGCUAUGCUGAUGUGGCCAAACGGAUCAUUGACCUGGCUGUGUUUGGAGCUGCUCAGAACCGCUCUUAUAAACGGCUAGCCGACUUCACCGACACCAUAGGGAACCGUGUCAGUGGCUCGCACAACCUGGAGAUGGCUAUCAAAUACAUGUACAGUGCUAUGAUGCAGGAUGGCUUGGAUGUACAUCUGGAGCCAGUGAAAAUCCCGCACUGGGUGAGAGGGAAGGAGAGCGCAGAAAUGAUUUUGCCUAGGGCCAAAAGUCUGGCUAUACUGGGACUGGGCAGCAGUGUAGGGACCCCACCUGAAGAAAGAUCAUCCUCUGAUUCCUUUGGCUGAUUCAUUGUAGUCACUUUAAGUAAUGUCAGUAUUUUUUUUUUUUUCUCUAGUCCCCACACUGGUUGGCAGGAUUACAAAGAUGGAGUGAAACGCAUCCCCAUAGCCUGUAUCACUGUGGAGGAUGCUGAGCUGAUGUGGCGUAUGGCGCAGAGGGGACAGCAGAUCGUGGUCAGACUCACAAUGGCAGCCAAGACUCUGCCAGAUGCUGACUCUUUCAACACAGUGGCUGAGUUAAGAGGCUGGCAACACCCUGAGCAGGUUGUCUUGCUGAGUGGUCACUUGGACAGUUGGGAUGUGGGCCAGGGCGCCAUGGACGAUGGGGGUGGAGCCAUGAUUUCCUGGGAGGCCCUGUCACUCAUCAAAGACCUAGGUUUGCGUCCAAGGAGAACCCUGCGAACAGUGCUGUGGACAGCUGAAGAGCAGGGUGGAGUUGGAGCACAGCAGUACUUUAAUUUACACAAGGUGAACAUGUCCAACUUUGACUUGGUCAUGGAGUCUGACCUGGGCACAUUCCGCCCAGUGGCUCUCCAGUUUACUGGCAGCGAUGUAGCACGAAAGGUGAUGGAAGAAGUUGUCAAACUGUUGGCUCCCAUUAACACGACCAAAUUGGAGACGCAUGGAGAAGGGACAGAUAUCUCACCUUGGAUGCAGGCAGGAGUACCAGCACUGCUGGACUGCUUAAUUCCUAAACACACAAUCAAAUCAAACUAAAAUACUUGAGAUUUAGUUUAAAAAUAUUUAUUUUAGCAUCUGUUUCCAAUUUAAAUGUGAAUUGAAGAGAAUCAUGAGAAAGGAUGAAGAAAUUACCCAUCCAUCCAUUUUGUUUACCACUUAUCCUCUAGACGGUUGUGGGGGGCUGGAGCCAAUCGGGGAAAACCCUGGACAGGUUGCCAGUUAGUCACUUGGCUAACAUAGUAUAGAGACAGACAAGCGUUCACACUCACAUUUACACCUACAGGCAGUUGAGAGUCACCAAUUAACUUAACCUGCAUGUUGUUAGUCUGUGGCAUGGAAACUCACACAAGGGGCCCAGCAGGCUGGUGGGUUCGAACCCAGAACCCUCUUGUUGUGGCACAACAGUGUCAUGAGUCUUAUAACAUAAACACAUUUUACAUUUAAAUUCAAAAUAACUAAUGUAAAUAAAUCAUGUUUUAAAUGAAGAUUUAAUUGAUUGACAUAAUGUUGGAACUCAGGACUUCAGUCAGGACCAAAGAGAGGGGAUGUAAAGGUUUAAUGAAAAUCAAAAGUAAUGCAAUAUUGUCAUGCCACAUAAUCAUUUAAAUCAUAUUCAGAAGCGAGCAUAUGCAGGAUUACUAUCUGGAACAAGACCAUGAAAAUGAGAUGUGAGCAUGAGAUAGAGAAGUUUCUCAGGUACUGUAUUUGUCUUUAUGCCUUAUUUUAAUGGGCUGCAGAAAGGAUUAGAAUAGAAACCUAAUUUGUAGGUUUGCAAAUGUGUAGAAAUAACAAAGUAUAAGAAAGUCUGGAAAAUCAGCUCCACAGUCAAUUGCUCACCUGCGAGUAGUAGGGGGGUGAGGUGGGGGACUCAAUAACAACUGUUAGCUAAUAAAUGAGAAAUUGUGGAGCUGUUCAAACCCCUCAUGUUUCUGUCAGUUUCCAGUGUCAUCCAAAAGAAAACAUCUUUAAAAGUUUUUAUUCACCUGCUUUUUGAUUGUUUUGUAUUGAGAUUUGUAUUUUAAUUCUUGCCAGUAUUGUGCUUAACUGAAAGUCAGCACAUUUUGUCUUAUACUAUCAUCAUUAAAGUUUUUAUCAUCGCUUUA